AGGGCCCACCAGCAGCACUUGGCACAGGAGCGGGUGGCGCAGGAGCAGCGGGAGCUGUCGCAGCGCCACCACGCGGAGGAGCUGCGGCGACAAAUCGGCGACAGGCGACAACAGCGGCUGCGCGACAGAGAGGCGGAGCUGGAGGAGGGACAGCGACAGCAGCGGCUGGCACGGGACAGGGCGGAGCGGCUGGCGCGGCUGGCACGGGACAAACUGCAGCGCUUCAGGGACAGCGGAGUCCCCGACAAAAUCUGCGCCGUGGUGGAGCGCAAGGCCUGGGCCACCGUCAGCGCGGCCACCUCCUGAUGUCACCUUUGUGUCACCUCUGCCACCUCUUGAUGUCACCCUGGAGUCACUCUGGUGUCAC